GAGAGGCAAUGGCCGCCCUUAUCUCGUUUAGCGAGGAGGAUGUGGUCGGUCCUGGAGGAGUGGGCUGCCCUGCUGGUGGGCUUUGUGGGGGCUAGUCAUUGUUUCUGUGGUACAAGUUUAACAGCGUAGCCUAGCUGUGGUGGGAAGUGCAGGCCAGCCGAUAAGCAAGGCAGCACCAACUGGCUCAUGUUGAGCAAGGGAAAUAAAAGGCUGGGUAACACACAAUGCCUCUCUGCAGUUCAUCUAACAACCGUCUGAAAUGCCUGGACUCAGGACCUGAAGCUGACAAUAAUGAAUCUACUGGAAGAUAACCAGACAGAUCUGGAGGUGAUUUUGGAGUUUCUGGGGGAAUACUACAGACAGAACAUUGGAGGAUAUGGCAGAGAAAGAGAGGGAAACGUCUACGAUUUGCCUACACCAAUGGCCACGGAAGGAAACUUUGGUGAAACGAGUUGUGAUCACUGGCCCCAUAAGAAAAUGGCUAUUCAAUCUCAUGUCAGCUACCCAGCAUCACCACAGGACCAAAGCAACACAACAAUGCCUGAAAACCAGACAGAUGAAACGUGGUCACACACUUUGACGGCACAGCCAGUGCCCACAAAUCACAAUGGACCUGUAGAGAGAGGCAGAAAGGUGCGUUUGUUUCACUUCCUGUUUGAGAUGCUGGAGGACCCUAGCAUGGCACACUGUGUUUCCUGGGUGCCUGCAACAGCAGCGGGAGUUUUCCGUUUCUCUUCCCAGAACAAGGACCAGAUAGCGAUGCUCUGGGGGCAGAGGAAAGGCAACAGGACACCCAUGACAUACCAGAAGAUGUCAAGGGCACUGAGGAACUACACCAGGUCUGGACAGAUCUUCAAGAUUGGUCCUGCCCUUCCCUGGAAAAUCCCUUUAGGCCAGGGAUGGGGGCUGUGCCAGCUUGAAGAGGGUGGGAGGUGAGCACGCCCAGCUAUUUGGAUUGUCUAGUGUGUCGAUUGCAUUAUUGUCUUUGUUGUUACAGUGUUGUUGCCAUCUUUGUGAAUAGAAAAUGAAAAUGUUCGUUCCUACAAGACAUUUUACAUA